AUGGAGAUGAGAGCUUUGGUUUCGUGUUCUGCUGCCGGAAAUGGAGCUUCUGAUCGGUUUAGACUCUCCAAUGUUUCACCAUGGAUCACAUCAGCUCGUGGUGCAAGUGGCAGUGACUCCCCAGCCACAGUGAAGCUGGGAAGCAGCUCUAUGAUCAGAGCCUUCAAAGGAGUUUCGAUUUACAAAAACAAGAGCAGAAGAAAUGUUCUGUCUCAAAGGAACAAACAGUUUCGUCCUAUGGCCUACUUAGGAAGGAAGGACUUGAGCAGCCCUGAUCCGACCUCCUUCUGCGAUAAUGAUAUAUCUGAACCUCAAGGGACUGGAUCCAUUAAUGGGAAUGAUCAUAGUGCUGUAAGAGUGUCUCAAGUCGAUGAGUUCUGUAAGGCUCAUGGUGGAAAAAGGCCAAUCCAUCGCAUUUUGGUUGCUACCAACGGAAUGGCAGCUGUCAAGUUUAUACGGAGUGUUAGAGCAUGGUCUUACCAAACAUUUGGCUCGGAAAAAUCCAUAUCAUUGGUGGCCAUGGCGACUCCUGAAGACAUGCGGAUCAAUGCGGAACAUAUCAGAAUCGCUGAUCAGUUUAUGCAAGUCCCGGGUGGAACGAACAAUAACAAUUAUGCUAAUGUUCAUCUUAUUGUAGAGAUGGCUGAAGCAACAGGUGUGGAUGCAGUUUGGCCUGGUUGGGGUCAUGCAUCUGAAAACCCUGAGUUACCUGAUGCAUUAAAGGCCAAAGGAGUCAUAUUUCUUGGUCCUACAGCAGCCUCAAUGUUAGCAUUAGGCGAUAAGAUUGGUUCGUCGUUGAUUGCACAAGCUGCUGAUGUACCUACUCUGCCAUGGAGUGGUUCCCAUGUUAAAAUACCUCCUGGUAGCAGCUUGGUAACGAUCCCCGAGGAAAUGUACAGGCAAGCUUGUGUCUACACUACCGAAGAAGCGGUUGCUAGUUGUCAAGUUGUCGGUUAUCCGGCAAUGAUCAAAGCAUCGUGGGGUGGUGGCGGUAAAGGCAUUAGGAAGGUUCAUGAUGAUGAUGAGGUUAGGGCUCUAUUCAAGCAAGUUCAAGGUGAGGUCCCAGGCUCGCCGAUAUUCAUAAUGAAGGUUGCUUCACAGAGUCGGCAUUUAGAGGUGCAGCUUCUCUGUGACCAAUAUGGAAACGUUUCAGCUUUGCAUAGCCGUGAUUGUAGCGUCCAGAGAAGACACCAAAAGAUCAUCGAGGAGGGUCCCAUCACUGUGGCUCCCCGAGAUAUCGUGAAGAAGCUGGAGCAGGCAGCUAGAAGGUUGGCCAAGAGUGUUAACUAUGUUGGAGCUGCUACUGUUGAGUUUCUCUACAGCAUGGACACUGGGGACUACUUCUUCUUAGAGCUUAACCCUAGGUUACAGGUAGAGCACCCUGUAACCGAGCGGAUCGCUGACAUAAAUCUACCAGCUGCCCAAGUUGCUGUCGGUAUGGGAAUCCCUCUCUGGCAAAUCCCUGAGAUAAGACGGUUCUAUGGUAUAGAACAAUAUGAUUCGUGGAGGACAACAUCUUUGCUAGCCUCCCCUUUUAAUUUUGAUAAAGCUGAAUCUGUAAGGCCAAAAGGUCAUUGUGUCGCUGUCCGGGUGACAAGCGAGGAUCCUGAUGACGGGUUUAAACCCACCAGCGGUCAAGUGCAGGAGCUUAGUUUUAAGAGCAACCCAAAUGUGUGGGGUUACUUCUCUGUCAAGUCUGGUGGAGGCAUCCACGAGUUCUCAGAUUCUCAGUUUGGACAUGUUUUUGCAUUUGGGGAAUCCAGAGCCAUGGCAAUAGCAAAUAUGGUUCUUGCGCUGAAAGAAAUUCAAAUUCGUGGAGAAGUUAGGACUAACGUUGACUACACGAUUGACCUUCUACAUGCUUUUGAUUACCGGGAAAACAAAAUUCACACUGGUUGGUUGGACAGUAGAAUUGCUAUGCGGGUCCGAGCAGAGAGGCCUCCCUGGUACCUCUCUGUUGUCAGCGGGGCUCUCUAUAAAGCAUCAGCGACUGGUGCUGCCGUGGUCUCGGAUUACAUUGCUUAUCUUGACAAGGGGCAAAUUCCCCCAAAGCAUAUAUCUCUUGUGCAUUCUCAAGUGUCUCUGAAUAUUGAAGGAAGUAAAUAUACGAUUGAUGUGGUCCGGAGUGGAUCAGGAAGCUACAAGCUAAGAAUGAACAACUCAGAAGUGGCAGCAGAAAUACACACUCUACGUGAUGGAGGUUUGUUGAUGCAGUUGGAUGGUAAAAGCCAUGUUAUAUAUGCACAGGAAGAAACCUCAGGCACCCGUCUUCUGAUUGACGGCAAAACUUGUUUACUUCAGAAUGAACACGACCCUUCAAAAUUAAUGGCUGAGACACCGUGCAAGCUACUUAGGUAUCUGGUUUCAGAUGAUAGCAGCAUUGAUGCUGAUACACCCUAUGCAGAGGUUGAGGUCAUGAAGAUGUGCAUGCCGCUUCUUUCACCUGCGUCAGGAGUUAUCCAUUUUAAAAUGUGUGAAGGACAAGUCAUGCUGCCUGGUGAACUUAUAGCCAAUCUUGAUCUUGCUGAUCCUUCGACUGUAAGAAAGGCCGAACCCUUCCAUGGAGGGUUCCCAAGAUUAGGGCUUCCAACGGAAAUUUCUGCUAAAGUUCAUCAGAGAUGUGCUGCAACUUUAGAUGCUGCUCGCAUGAUUCUUGCCGGCUAUGAGCAUCAAGUAGAUGAGGUUGUGCAAGACUUGGUUUCUUGCCUUGAUAGCCCUGAACUCCCAUUCCUUCAGUGGCAAGAGUGCUUUGCAGUUCUGGCGACACGGUUACCAAAAGAUCUCAGAAUCAUGCUAGAAUCAAAGUAUAUGGAAUAUGAGUGUAUCUCCAGGAACUCCUUGACGGCAGAUUUUCCUGCCAAACUUUUAAAAGGCAUUCUAGAGGCUCAUGUAGCAUCUUGUGAUGAGAAUGAGAGAGGUGCCCUUGAAAGGCUCAUUGAACCAUUGAUGAGCCUUAUAAAGUCUUACGAAGGUGGUAGAGAAAGUCAUGCUUGUGUUAUUGUUCGUUCCCUCUUUGAGGAAUAUCUGUCAAUAGAAGAAUUAUUCAAUGAUAACAUGCUGCCUGAUGUUAUAGAACGUAUGCGUCAUGAAUACACGAAAGUAGAUCGGUCGAAGAUUGUGGAUAUAGUGCUGUCACACCAGGGCCUAAAAAGCAAAAACAAGCUCGUUCUCGGACUCAUGGAGCAUUUUGUUAAUGCUAAUCCUGCUGUGUACAGGGAUAAACUUAUCAGAUUCUUGAAACUUAACCAUACUAACUACUCUGAGGUGGUGCUCAAGGCGAGUCAAUUACUCAAACAGAGAAAAUUAAGUGAACUUCGUUCUAGCAUCUUGUCGGAGUUAGAAAUGUUUGCAGAGGAUGGGGAAAGUAUGGAUACUCCCAAGAGAAAGUGUGCCAUGGAAGAUCUUGUGAGCGCACCUUUAGCUGUUGAAGAUGCUCUCGUGGGACUAUUUGACCACAGCGACCGCACACUUCAAAGACUGGUUGUUGAAACUUAUAUUCGUAGAUUGUACCAGCCCUACGUCGUUAAAGAGAGCGUGAGGAUGCAGUGGCACCAAUAUGGUUUUAUUGCUUCCUGGGAGUUCCUAGACGAUCAUAUGGAAAGAAAAAACACUGAGGGCUCAGAUGACCAAGAGACAUCUGAAAAAGUUUUUGUUGAGAAGCGUAGAAAGAAAAAAAAGGGGUUUAUGGUUAUAAUCAAAUCGCUGGAGUUUCUGCCGAAUAUAAUAACUGCAGCAGCACUGACAGAAACAAACCACAUCGACUAUGGUGAAUCUGCCGGAUCUCCUCUAUCUGGCAAUAUAAUGCACAUUGCUGUUUUGGACAGUGAGAAUGAGGAGGACCAAGCUCAAGAAAGAGUGGAGAAAAUUCUCAAAGAGGAAGAAGUGAGUUCGAGCCUGUGUUCCGCAGGUGUGGGUGUGGUGAGCUGUAUAAUCGAGCGAGAUGAAGGACGAACACCUAUGAGACAUUCGUUCCAUUGGUCGAUGGAGAAACAGUACUAUGCAGAAGAGCCGAUGCUGCGCCAUCUUGAACCUCCUCUCUCCAUAUACCUUGAGUUGGAUAAGCUGAGAGGAUAUGAAAAUAUACAAUAUACCCCUACAAGAGAUCGUCAAUGGCAUCUGUAUACUGUCACAGAUAACAAGCCGGUGCCAGUCAGGAGGAUGUUCCUGAGAUCUCUUGUUCGACAAGGGCAGGAUAACCAACUUAGCCAAACGCUUGUUAGAUCUUUGAUGGAUGCGAUGGAGGAACUUGAACUGAAUGCCCAUAAGGAGGAUGGUAUGAAACCAGACCACGCACAUAUGUUCCUUUGCCUCCUUCCUGAGCAGCAGAUUAAUGAUCUUGUGCCUUACCCCAGGAUAGUUGAAGUGAAUGCGGAGGUUGAAGAAACCACAAUGGAGAUGAUCUUAGAAGAAACAGUACGAGAGAUCCACAAGUCAGCUGGAGUGAGAAUGCAUAGGUUGGGUGUGUGCGAGUGGGAAGUGCGCCUGUGUUUGUCGUCCUCUGGACUAGCAAGUGGAGCUUGGAGGGUUGUGGUUACAAACGUGACAGGCCGUACAUGCACUGUCCAUAUAUACCGAGAAGCUGAAGCUACUGGGAGUAACAGUUUAAUUUAUCAAUCAAUAACCAACAAGGGACCUUUGCAUGGAACCCCGAUCAAUGAUCAAUAUAAGCCACUGGGACAUCUUGACAGGCAACGAUUAGCCGCAAGGAGGAGUAACACUACUUACUGCUAUGAUUUCCCGUUGGCAUUUGAGACAGCCUUGGAACAGUUGUGGGAAUCACAACAUCCGGGAGUUAAGAAACCGUAUAAGAAUACUCUGAUCAAAGUUGAAGAGCUUGUAUUCUCUAGUCCAGAAGGUUCUCUUAUUCCGGUUAAAAGGCCACCGGGUCUCAAUGACUGUGGAAUGGUGGCAUGGACCCUAGAGAUGUCGACUCCUGAGUUUCCAAAGGGACGGAAAAUUAUCAUAGUCGCCAAUGACGUCACCUUCAAAGCUGGGUCUUUUGGUCCUAGAGAGGACGCGUUUUUCCUCGCUGUGACUGAACUCGCUUGCGCCGAGAAGCUUCCCUUGAUUUACUUAGCAGCAAACUCUGGCGCCCGGCUAGGGGUGGCUGAAGAAGUCAAAGCCUGCUUUAAAGUUGGAUGGUCGGAUGAAGUUUCCCCUGAGAAUGGUUUUCAGUAUAUAUACCUAAGCCCUGAGGAUCACGAAAGGAUUGGAUCAUCUGUCAUUGCGCACGAAAUAAAGCUGCCCAGCGGGGAAACGAGGUGGGUCAUUGAUACAAUCGUUGGUAAAGAAGAUGGUAUUGGCGUAGAGAAUCUAACGGGAAGCGGGGCAAUAGCGGGUGCUUACUCGAGGGCGUACAAGGAGACUUUUACUUUAACCUUUGUCAGUGGAAGAACGGUUGGCAUUGGCGCUUACCUUGCCCGUCUUGGUAUGAGGUGCAUACAGAGAUUAGACCAGCCUAUAAUUUUGACUGGCUUUUCGACGCUGAACAAGUUACUUGGGCGUGAGGUCUACAGCUCUCACAUGCAACUCGGCGGCCCCAAAAUCAUGGGUGCAAAUGGUGUUGUUCAUCUCACAGUCUCAGAUGAUCUGGAAGGCGUGUCGGCGAUCCUAAACUGGCUGAGCUACGUUCCUGCUCACGCGGGUGGUCCUCUUCCUCUUCCUCUUCUUUCCCCUUUAGAUCCACCGGAGAGAACUGUGGAGUACGUCCCAGAGAACUCUUGCGACCCGCGAGCUGCUAUAGCUGGGGUCAAUGACAACGCCGGUAAAUGGCUUGGCGGUAUCUUUGAUAAAAACAGCUUUAUGGAGACUCUCGAAGGCUGGGCGAGGACGGUUGUGACCGGUAGAGCGAAACUAGGGGGAGUACCUGUUGGUGUUGUUGCAGUUGAGACGCAGACCGUGACGCAGAUUAUUCUAGCGGAUCCUGGACAGGUGGACUCGCACGAAAGAGUGGUUCCGCAGGCAGGGCAAGUCUGGUUCCCUGGCUCAGCAGCCAAGACGGCUCAAGCGCUCAUGGAUUUCAACCGGGAAGGGCUUCCGUUGUUUAUCCUAGCGAACUGGCGAGGGUUUUCCGGCGGGCAGAGAGAUCUUUUCGAAGGAAUACUCCAGGCUGGUUCAGCUAUGGUCGAAAAUUUGAGAACGUAUGGCCAGCCAGUGUUUGUGUACAUCCCCAAGAUGGGAGAGCUGCGAGGCGGAGCGUGGGUGGUUGUUGAUAGCCAGAUUAAUUCGGAUUACGUUGAAAUGUAUGCUGACGAAACUUCACGUGGGAAUGUGCUCGAGCCGGAAGGGAUGAUAGAGAUCAAAUUUAGAAAGAGAGAGAUGUUAGAGUGCAUGGGGAGGUUGGACCAGAAGCUGAUCAGUCUCAAAGCAAAACUGCGAGACGCCAAACAAAGCGAGAUGGAACUUAUCAAGCAACAGAUUAAAGCUCGUAAGAAGCAGCUUUUACCGCUUUACAUCCAAAUCGCCACCAAAUUUGCGGAUCUUCACGACACGUCCAUGAGGAUGGCAGCGAAAGGAGUGAUCAAAAGCGUUGUGGAAUGGAGCGGUUCGCGAUCAUUCUUCUAUAAAAAGCUCAUUAGGAGAAUUGCGGAGAGCUCUCUGGUGAAAAAUGUGAUAGAAGCUUCGGGAGACAACUUAUCGUAUAAAUCUGCAAUGGGUUUGAUUAAGGAUUGGUUCUGCAAGUCUGAUGUUGCAAAGGGGAAAGAAGAGGCUUGGACAGACGACCAAGUGUUCUUUACAUGGAAGGAGAAUGUUGGUAACUACGAAUCCGAGCUCAGCGAGUUGAGAGCACAGAAACUGCUGAAGCAACUUGCGGAGAUUGGGAACUCAUCUGAUCUGCAGGCUCUGCCCCAGGGACUUGCUAAUAUUCUACACAAGGUGGAGCCUUUGAAAAGAGAACAGCUAGUGGAUGCUCUAAGAAAGGUGUUGAGUUGAUAUAUCAAAGCUGUUUAACUUGUGCCCCAAUAAAGAGUCUUUGGAAUGCUUGUGUUAUAUGGUGACGAAAGCUAGUUGAUUGAAACAAGAUUUGUCUUUAAAAUUGCUUGUCGUUUAUUUUUUUGGUCAAUUUGAAAUUGCGUGUCGUUUAUUUGUUGAAAUUAAUAUGUAUUUUGGGUAUGAUGAGCCGCCUCAUUAGUAAUUUUCUGUUAUUGUGGUUUGACACAAUUUAUUUUACUGAUUUUUAAAUGAAUCACAUUUUAAUGA